AUGGCCGCUGUCGAGGUUUAUUUACCCGGCGACACGGUUGACACCAGCCAACUACCAACUUCGCAAAAGCGCAAAAUUGGAGCGGGCCUUCACCAAGAAGCCGGGACCGGAGAUUUCAUGUCAACAAUCGGCGGGUUCGUCGAUGUUGAUUUCAGAAAGAAGAGUGCCCGGAUAUCGACUCCAGAUGCUCGAUAUAUUCCCAAAGCUGGGGACUUGGUCAUAGCCCAGCUGCGGGCUUCAUCCAUGGACUACUUCCACCUGUACAUUAAUUCACAUUCACAGCAGGCAGUUUUGCACCAGUUAGCCUUUGAAGGCGCAACCAAGAAGACUCGGCCGCAGCUCAAGCCAAAUGAUGUUGUCUACGCCAAAGUGGUAGCUGCGCCGAAGAACAUGGAGAUUGAAUUGACGUGUGUGAAUCCAUCAACUGGCAAGUCCGAACCGGACGGUUUGGGAAAGUUGAAUGGUGGCAUGGUGUUCGACGUUAGCCCAGGUCUCGCAGAACGUCUGUUGAGAAAGAAUGGUGUUAUCGCCUUGGACGAAUUGGGCUCAAAGCUACCAGGAGGGUUUGAAAUUGCAGUCGGCAGAAAUGGAAAGGUUUGGGUGGAAUGUCCAGAGGCAGGCGUGAGAGGUGUCUGUGCGGUGGGAAAAUGUCUACGCGAGAUCGACGAGAACGAGUUGAAGGAGAAGGAACAAAAGAAAUUGGUCAACAAGAUCAUCACCGAGCUUCAAAGAGGAUGA